AUGUCUAGCCGAAGCAAACAAAUUUGCAUACUACAUCUGCGUUUUCUCUCGAAUUUGGAUUCUCAAUCGAUUCAACCAUACUGCGAGUGGAGGAUACUGCCGGAUCACCGAGUUUCGUCUGAGCUCCGGUUGCGUAAGGCAAGCAACCAUGUCGAACCCGUCACGAGGAGUGCGGAUUCCCUGAAGUCGUUGACUACAAAACUGAAGGGACUCAAAUUAUCUUUAAGUAAUAUUUGCGUAUUCGUUAAAAACUUCAAAGAUGAUACUACCGCUGCUCAAAUCAAUGUCCGCCUUGAGAAGUUGGAUACGCUAUGGGUACAGAUUAGUGAAACUGUUUGGGAAAUCGAAGCGCACGAAGAUUUCGAGGAACAAGAAAGCCUUCAGACCAGCCAAGUGGAAAUGGAGAACCGCUACUACGAUGCGAAAUCGUUUCUAGUGGAGAAGACUCAAGCGUUUCAGAGCGAUGCCACUCAGAACCAAACGCUUCAUCCUGGAGACGCCACUCUACAUGGCAUGAUGGACCACGUUCGGCUGCCUCAAAUCAAGCUUCAAUGUUUUGAUGGCAACAUCGACGAUUGGUUGAGUUUCAGGGAUCUUUACACUUCCCUGAUUCACGAAAAACCCGAUCUACCAGCAGUGGAGAAAUUUCACUAUCUGAAAGGUUGCCUGGCGGGUGAGGCAAAGGCACUGAUCGAUCCGCUAAAGAUCACGAGGGACAAUUAUCAGGUUGCUUGGCAGACGUUGCUAAAACGCUACAACAACAAUAAGCUUCUAAAAAAGAAGCAGGUGCAAGCGCUAAUCAAAUUGCCGUCUCUCUGCAAGGAAUCAAUCACGGAUCUCCACAAAUUGGUUGAUGGAUUCGACCGUGUUAUUCAAACGCUCGACCAGAUUAUCCAGCCAGCGGAUUAUAAGGAUCUGUUGCUGGUGGAACUUCUAAGUUCUCGUCUCGAUCCUACCACACGACGCGGGUGGGAAGAACAUUCGUCUAAUAAGCAGCAGGACACUGUGAAGGAUCUGCUGGAAUUUCUGCAGCGGAGAAUACAAAUUCUCGAAGCUCUACCAGCGAAGGUAGAAACGAAGAUCGACCAUUCCCUACUACCGAAACGGAAACCGUUCUCAGCGAAGGUCAGCAACAACGCCGUACAGUCGAACAACGCUAAGUGUCCGUCGUGUUCGGAGAUUCAUGGACUCCACAUUUGUCCAGCCUUUCUGAAGAUGUCGUUGCCCAGUCGAGAGUCCCUACUGCGGGCUCAAUCGCUCUGCCGCAAUUGCCUCAAACGUGGUCAUCUUGCUCGAGAGUGUGCAUCGAAGUUCUCUUGUCGGUAUUGUAAGGCACGACACCACUCCUUGCUAUGCUUCAAGGCAGGAGACGCCAACGGUAGCCAAGGAUCAUCAGGGAAGGCGAAUCUGGGAGAUAGCGCUAAGCAGGACGGCACAGGUGCGAAUUCGAAGGCAGCGAAUGCCUCAGCGGUUGAAUCUACUUCUUCCAACGCGGCACAGUGCGUCUCAUCUCAGGUUCUCCUAGCUACAGCAGUCGUAGUGAUCGAAGACGACCAAGGUUCUCGCUAUCCAGCACGAGCGCUACUGGAUUCAGGGUCGGAAUGCAACUUUAUCACCGAGAAUCUCUACCAGACAAUGAAGGUAGCGGUUAAAAGGACGGACAUUUCGAUUAUGGGCAUUGGACAAUCAAGCACUAAGGCAUCUCGCAAGAUCAAGGCGGUCGUCAAGUCUCGAAACUCGUACGCUCGAUCGAUGGAAUUUCUCGUUCUACCGAAGGUCACAGCUUGCCUACCAACCUCUACAGUUCAGGCAAAUGAAUGGGAUAUACCGGUAGACAUCGAAUUAGCGGAUCCGGAGUUUUUCCGGUCAAGAAAGGUCGACUUGGUGUUAGGGAUCCAAGCUUUCUUCAGCUUCUUUCCAACCGGAAGGGAAAUCCAACUUGGAAAGGGUUUACCUGUGCUGACCGAGUCCGUAUUUGGGUGGAUAGUGACAGGCGAAAUCACUACAGCAAGUCAGGGUACCAAGUACACUUGCAAUAUGGCAGUCUCGGACGAUCUGGAGGAACUAAUGGCACGGUUUUGGUCCUGCGAGGAAGUGGGAGCCGUCAGCAAAUUCUCUCCAGAAGAAGCGCACUGCGAGGAGAACUACGAACGGACAGUCAAGCGGGAAUCGGACGGACGAUACACGGUCACCCUCCCCAAGAACCCCGAAGUUUUGGCGGAAAUCGGUGGAUCGAAGGAUAUUGCUCUGAGACGGCUGCGAGCGGUAGAACGAAGGUUGUCCAAGGAUGAGCGGCUUCGGAAGCAGUACAGCGACUUCAUGACUGAAUAUCUGGAGCUCGGUCACAUGCGAAUGGUAAAUGACUGCGAGGAGAAUACAGUCAAGCGUUGUUUUCUACCCCACCACCCGGUCAUCAAGGGGUCUAGCACCACGACCAAGGUGAGAGUGGUCUUCGACGCUUCAUGUAAAACGUCUACGGGUGUAUCACUCAAUGAUGCACUGUAUGCUGGACCAGUCGUUCAGCAAGAUCUCAGGUCGAUCGUUCUCCGCAGUCGGAUUCGUCAGGUGAUGGUUGUAGCUGAUGUAGAGAAAAUGUUUCGGCAGAUCUGGACGAAUUUGGAGGACACUCCUCUACAAUGCGUUUUGUGGACGUCACCAGAUGGGAAGGUUUCCACAUACGAACUUCUAACCGUGACGUACGGCACCAAAUCUGCCCCGUAUCUUGCCACUCGGACCUUGAAACAGCUGGCGUCCGAUGAGCGGGACAAGUUUCCUUUAGCAACACCAACUAUCGAAGAGGACGUGUAUAUGGACGACGUUAUCUCUGGAGCAGAAGACGUCGAAUCGGCGAUCGAAUUGAGAAGGCAAGUUGACGCGAUGAUGAUCAGCGGUGGAUUCAAACUGCGAAAGUGGGCUUCCAACCGCCCGGAAGUACUAGAAGGAGUUCCAAGGGAAAAUCUGGCGUUACCUGAUUCGAACGGCAUUGAUUGGGACCAGGAUGCAGAAGUGAAAGCAUUGGGCUUAACAUGGCUUCCCAACGUAGACCAAUUCCGUUUCAAGUUCGACAUUCCUCCUAUCAACGAGCAUCAGAUCCUCACAAAACGGCAGGUGCUGUGUUUCAUAGCGAGACUUUUCGAUCCACUAGGCCUACUUGGAGCAACCAUAACUUCUGCCAAGAUCUUCAUGCAGCGGCUUUGGUGUCUGAAGAACAAGGAAGGUCAAAAUCUUCAAUGGGACGACCCACUACCCGAAAUGGUGGGUGAGGAAUGGCGAACAUUCCACGAGCAACUUCCUUCACUGAACAAAAUUCGGAUUCCACGAUGCGUCAUAGGUCCAGGUUCACUAUCCGUAGAAUAUCACUGUUUCUCGGACGCCUCAACAGUCGCUUACGGCGCGACAAUCUACGUUCGGAGCCAGAGAGACGAUGGCGCGGUUUCGGUUCACCUUUUGACCUCGAAAUCAAAGGUGGCACCCCUCAAGGUGCAGUCUCUACCUCGGUUGGAGCUCUGCGGCGCACUUUUGGCAGCUCAACUUUGGGAAAAGGUAGCAGAAUCGCUGAAAACAGGUGGCCGAGUUCAAUUUUGGACGGAUUCGACAUGCGUACUGCAUUGGAUAAGGUCACCACCGGGAACAUGGACAACUUUCGUCGCGAAUAGAGUUGCGAAAAUUCAAGGUUUGACGGAAGCAGGUCAAUGGAGACACGUUCCUGGAAUUACAAACCCUGCUGAUCUGAUCUCGCGUGGAAUCUCGCCGAACAACAUCAUUGGGAACAAUUUGUGGUGGUAUGGACCUACCUGGCUGCUGGAUACUCCUGAAAAUUGGCCCAGACCCGUGGAGAACACCCUAGAAGAAGAGUUGGAGAAACGACGCAAUGUGAUGGCUUGUGCUUCAUCGAAAGAAAUUGGGUUCAUUUCGGAUCUUUUAUCAAAGUUUUCAUCGUUCACGAGGUUAAUACGGAUGACCGCAUACUGGUUGCGCUUCCUGAACAACUUACGGUGCUCAGCGGAUGUAAAACGGACAGGAUUUCUAUCUAGUUUUGAACUACAAGCUGCGGAGCAGGUGAUCAUUCGGAAGGUUCAGCAGGAGUCGUUCCCAGAGGAGAUCAGCAAGUUGUCGGUUAGCACACCUGUGGCACGAAAUUCCCCUCUGCGAUGGUUCAAUCCUCGAAUGGACGAAAGAGGCAUCCUACGGGUCGGCGGUAGAUUAACUCAUUCUGCAGAGCCGCCGCAAACGAAACAUCCGAUUGUCUUACCGGCGAGACACGCUUUAACUGAGUUGAUUCUCCGCCAUUUCCAUCAAAUGUACCUGCACGCCGGGCCCCAAUUACUACUAGGUACAGUUCGGCAACGGUACUGGCCACUAGGAGGCAGAAACUUGGCAAAAAAGGUCGUUCAUCAGUGUCAACGAUGUUUCCGUGCAAAACCAUCCGUAAUUCAGCAACAGAUGGGAGAGUUGCCGGCUGCCAGAGUCACAGUUUCACGUCCGUUCUCAAAAACUGGCGUAGAUUACUUUGGUCCUGUGUAUCUGCGAGCUGGUCGAGGGCGAAAACCGACCAAGGCGUAUGUUGCAAUCUUCGUGUGCAUGGCCACGAAGGCCGUGCAUAUGGAAUUGGUGUCAGACCUGUCUACGGAGCGGUUUCUACAGGCUUUGCGACGUUUUUUUGCGCGCCGGGGGCGCUGCACCGAUGUCUACUCAGAUAACGGGACGAAUUUUGUGGGAGCGAGGAACCAAAUGCAGGAGCUAUUCGAGUUGCUGAAAAACAAGGCACAUCGUGAGAUCAUUUCGAGCCAAUGCGCGAACGAGGGUAUAUACUGGCACUUCAACCCUCCAAGUGCCCCACAUUUUGGAGGUUUAUGGGAAGCAGCGGUUCGUUCAGCGAAAUUUCACUUGUUGAGAGUCCUCGGAGGAAACCCUGUGUCCCAGGAAGACUUCACCACUUUGUUGACGCAGAUAGAAGGGUGCUUGAACUCGAGACCAUUGACUGCCCUAUCAGACGAUCCUUUGGAUUUGGAACCGUUAACACCGGCACAUUUUCUGAUUGGAGGAUCGCUAUUAGCACUUCCAGAUCCUGACCUUGGUAAUGUCCAGCUCAAUCGGUUGACGCAGUUCCAGUUAAUUCAAAGGCAGCUACAGGAUUUCUGGAAACGUUGGCGUCGCGAGUAUUUAUCCCAGCUUCAGGCUCGAUCAAAACAUUGGCAGCCAGCCGUUGACAUUCAGGAAUCAUCGAACGGAACUGAUAAGGGCAUUGAAGUCAUACAGGAACCGAUGUCGCGAUGGAAGGUUUUUGAGCUAAACGGUCCUGUGCUAAGCGCCGUGCGCAAAUGCCUCUGUGAUACGGGGUAUGACAGCUACGUGGCGCUGAAGACCAUGACCGAUGGCGAUCUGGCUGACCUGUCCAAGGAGUUUAAAUUGCUGCCUAGACAUCGCGCUGCCCUCAACGGGUACCGACACUUGGUUAAGGAUAACGAGUGGGGAGCAGUCUUUAAACACUUCCGAUCGACUCACACGAUGAAGUCCUGCGCGGAACUGGCGACGAAACAGUUGAAACUGGACAUUAUUCUGAACGAAGCAUCUUCAAAGACAACGUCACAAACCAAGCGCGGUUGUACAAAAGCCAAGAAAACAUCGACCGGAAUGCCAAAACGCGCACUGGAUCUACCAACGGUUGGGGAAACAAUGGAUGGACCCGGUUGCAAUACAUCCAUGGUAGAAACAGAUUGUAACGGCGCUUCCGGAGCAGCACCAACGCAGUUGGAACACGUAUCUACGAUCAGUCAAGAACUCGAAGAGAAAUCGAAGCAGCAUCAGUUUUCACCUGGCGAACUAGCAUCAUCUCGAUCAUCGCCAAAAGCUUUGCCUAAACUUUGCACGGCACCUGAACCGGUUUCGAGAACAUAUGCAGAAGCUGUUGAGGGUGAUCCCUUAAACGACCCGGUGGACAACCCAAUGGAGGAACCUUCCAUGCUAAUUGACAAACGAGACGAACAGCAAAGUAAGAAUGGCCAUGAAAGUCAAGAUGAGACUACAUCGGAUGAAGAAGAAGCAAUUGAGACAUCCUCACGUGAUUCCUCGAGCUACUCAUCUGACAGUCCAGUUAAUUGCGUUACACCCCUUGAUGAGUCAGGUUAG